UCAGACCACCACUAAAACAAAUGGAUAAUUUUAUCAUUAGCCUCACCACCACCCUUGUCUUCGCAGCCACGCUUGCAUUCUUCCUCCUCCGAAACCCUAAAAUGAAACGUCACCGUUUACCUCCGGGACCUAAGGGACUUCCUAUAAUCGGAAACCUCCUCAUGAUCCAGAAGGUUAACCCCCAACGUUUCCUCUACAAUCUAUCCAAAACAUACGGUCCGAUUUUGUCCUACAAACUCGGUGCCCGGAAAACGGUUGUGAUUUCGUCUGCCGAGCUGGCCGAGGAGCUUCUCAAGACCAGAGACCUCGACUUUGUGAACCGUCCCGAGCAGCGAGCUCAGGUGUUCUUGACGUACGAAGCACGGGACAUGGCGUUUCAGAACUAUAACGUGUAUCAUAAGGAAAUGAAGAAGAUGAGUAUCCUUCACCUCUUCUCUCCGAGCCGGGUAGCGAGUUUCCGGUACAUCAGAGAGCAAGAAACACGUCGUUCGAUGGAUAAGGUAUCGGAAGCGGCCGGGAGAUUGCGAGCCGUUGAUAUAAGUGAGCUUAUGGUGACUUACACCAACUCCGUCGUAUGCCGACAAGCGUUCGGGAAGAAUCACAACGAGGACGAUGUCCAGAUGAAGAGAUUUAUCGGGAUAUUAGGUCGGAUUCAAGGCCUUUGGGGGACAACGUUCUUUUCCGAUCUCUUCCCGUUCUGUACGUUUGUUGAUGAUAUUACGGGGCUUACGGCUUAUAUGAAAGAAACUUUUCGAUUACAAGAUGCUUACUUGCAAGAGCUCGUCGACGAGGCACUUGACCCAAAUAGGAGUAAACCCGAAACCGAGAGUAUGAUUGAUCUCUUGAUGGAAAUGUACAGAGAUCAGCCUUUCUUCUCAACCAAGUUCACCCUUGAAAAUGUGAAGGCCAUGAUCUUGGACAUGAUGGUGGCGGGAACAGACUCUGCGGCUGCGGUGGUCGUGUGGGGACUAACAUAUCUUAUGAAGUGCCCGGAAGUGAUGGACAAAGCUCAGGCUGAACUGAGAGACUUAGUCGGAAACAGAGGUUUCGUAACGGAAGACGACAUUUCCAAGCUUCCCUACUUCAAAGCCCUUGUGAAAGAAACGCUAAGGAUCGAACCCGUCAUACCGCUACUCUCGCCUCGAACUUGCGUGGAAGAUUCUGAGAUAGGCGGCUAUGAUAUCCCUGCAGGAACUACCGUCAAUGUCAAUAUAUGGGCCCUAACACGAGAUGAGAAGUUAUGGGGCGAAGAUCCGCAAGAAUUUAGGCCCGAAAGGUUCUUGGAAGAGAAGAACGGUGUCGAUUUCAAGGGAAACGAUUUUGAGCUGAUCCCGUUUGGGUCGGGCCGAAGGAUGUGCCCUGCCGUGAAUUUGGCUGCGGCCAUGCUCGAGCUUCCGUACGCUAACCUUCUCUACAAAUACAACUUCAAGCUUCCGUACGAUCUGAAACCCGAGGAUAUCGACAUGGACGUGAAGAUUGGCAUUGCUAUGCCGAAGGCUGAACCUCUCGUGCUUAUUCCGGAGAAGGUUUACUAAGAUUUGUAAUUACGUGUGACUUCUUCCUUGUAGAGCCGUCAACCUAAUAGUGUAUGGUGAAGUGUAACAUCUUUUAAUGAAUUAUGAAUUAAAAAUUGA